AUGCCUCAUCGCCUCCAGAGCCCCACCUUAACCCCUGGAUAUCCCCACACCACCCAAAGACCCAGAGCCCCCCCACUAAGGCCUACAGCACCCACUGACCGCGAAAGCCCACCACCACCUCCAGAGCCUCCACCAACCCCAAAAUCCCUGCGCCCCAGAGGCCUUCCCAUACCUCCAGAGCCCCUCACUAGCCCCCCCGGAUGCCUCAUCGCCUCCAGAGCCCCACCUUAA